AAAUAACAAUAACGGUCAAAUGUUCUAAUGAUACAAAAUAUACAGUAACUACAGAUAAAUCAAAAACUGUUUUAGAAUUUAAACAGCUUAUUGCAGAAAAAAGUGAAAUUCCAGCUGAUAAACAAAAAUUAAUAUACUCUGGUAAAGUGUUAAAAGAUAAUGAUACUCUUGAAACCUAUAAGAUUGCUGAAGGACACACAGUUCACAUGGUGAAAAGUUUAGGAGCUCGUGCACUGGGUGGAUUUGGUGGAGGUGGAGGAAAUUUUGGUAUUAAUAAUCCAUAUGGUGUCCCAAAUUUAGGUGGUAAUAAUAAUGGUAUACCAAAUAUGAAUAUGAUGAUGGAACAAGUUCUUAAUAAUCCUGCUUUGAUGCAGUAUGCUUCACAAAUGAUGCAGGAUCCUCAGUUUAUAGAUAAUAUAAUUGCAAUGAACCCACAAUUUGGUGAAAUGGCACCCCGACUUAGACAAUUGAUACAAGAUCCCGGAUUCCAAGCUUUAUUAUCAAACCCAGACACAAUUCGUUAUAUGGCAACUUUAAACCCAUCAAUGAAUCCUGGAGGUUAUGGCAUGGGUAUUCUUCUUAAUCCUGCUGCUACAAUGAAUCCUACUGGAAACCCAAACACUAAUCAGCAACAACAACAACCAUUUUUCCAAAUUGACCCAUCAUUGCUAUUUGGAUUAGGAGGUCUAGGUGUUCCACCAACAACCGCAUCCACUGUUCCACCUGAAGAAAGAUUUCAAGUUCAAUUGCAACAAUUAAAUGAUAUGGGAUUUUGGGAUGCACAGAAAAAUAUUCGUGCAUUAUUAGCUUCUGGUGGAAAUGUAAAUGCAGCUAUUGAAUAUUUACUUAAUAUUAAUGAAUGA